CAGGAUCGCUGCUUGCUCGUUCCGUGAUUGGCCAGCUGUCACCUCGAGCCCCCGCCUUCCCCUCGUACCCACAGGAGGAAGAUGAGUAACCCGCAGCCAGGACUGCUAAAUCAUGGCAACAUUCAUGGAACGACUGGCUUUUCUUCAGAAAGUCCCGACUCUGAUGAAGGCUACAGCAGAUGAUGAAAACCCCUGUCCUGGCUACCUUUUCCAAGAGAUCGGAAAAAUCUCCCAUGAGUCUUCAGGUUGCGGUCAGUGUUUGUUAGAGUAUCUCCUGGAGAGGCUGCAGGUGGAGUCCUGUAAUGUCAAACUCAAGGUACUGAAGAUCUUUGUCCAUCUUUGCGGCCAUGGCUCGAACCAUUUUCUCACAGAGCUUCGAAGGAACUCCACCUUCAUCCAGCAAGCAUCAGUUUAUAGCGGCCCUCCUGAUCCUAUCCAUGGCACAGCGUUGUACCAGAAAGUUAGAAAUACAGCACAGGAAGUGGCCAGGUUGCUUUUCACAGAUACAAUUUUGAUCAAAAGAGGCGUCUCCCCGCUCAACCUGGCCCCCCCAACAAUGGGUAUGGGCUCAGGAACUUCCCACAGGUCAGGAAUGCAGGGCUUUGGAUACAGUCCAGGGAAGCAGGGGACAGUAGGCAGUGACUCACUGCUGGAUAAAAUCCAGAAAGCUGCAGAGGUAGUGGCCAGUGCUGUCCUACCCCCAACUGAACACCAGGGCAUCCGUCUCCAUGACAACCAUUACCGGGCCGUAGUUGCGCCGUCCGCGCCCAUAGAGGUCGCGGUGCCUGCGUGUGCAUAUAACCUGCCUGCUCGUAGGCCAAAGGCGUUGACCCAGCGCUGCCCAGGGCAGGUAGGAGGUGGCUGGGAAGAGACUGACAGUGGCAACAGCUCCUCUCACAAUUCCUCUCAGGAUAUCGCGGCUAACAGCAGGGCCUCUGUGGACAACAAGUCAGCCGGUACCGGGAGCCAAUCAGGGGCCAGUAGAGAGAGCAGUGGGGACCUAUCAGAACGGGUGGAAGCCUUGCAGUUGGGGGACUGUGGCCAGGAGAUGGCACUCAUCAGCCGACUGACUGAAGGGUCUAAAGUUUUCCUGUCUAGAGAGGAGAGUCAGCACUUCAUCAAAGAGUGCUCCAUUCUCAACUGUGAGGUCGUGCUGGAGUUGCUCUCAAGCAAGCUUCAAGAUCCCUCAAACACUGUUAAGAUGCGGGCACUGUGUGCUGUGUCAUGCCUCCUGACCUCUGACCUCCUCUCUCUGGAACAAAUGUUUGGAGCUACACAACGAAGGCUUCGUCAGCUGAGCGAUGGGGCCCCGGGACCUGUGGCCAACAAAGCCACCAAGAUCCUGAGACAGUUUGAGGCUCUGAUGGGUGGAUCUCCACAAGCUCCCAGGCAGGAUUCAGUAAACAGCAGCCAACAGGCAAUAGCUAAUCAGCUUCCCACAUCUACAUACUCAGACCCGUUACUACCGACCCAUUCUGCUGACACCAGCCUCAACCAUUAUCAGCCUGACAUCUCAUCCACAGGCGUCACACAACCACAAAAUCACCCAUCAUCCACUUCUGAUCAGGCCUUGGCCCAGAGCGACUCCUCAGGGGAGCUGUUGAAUGACAGCGAUGAGGAGAAACCGUCUCCCACUCAGCAGGAGUUACCGCAAAACCAGGUGGAGCCAGUCAGGACCGCCGAGGCUGAAUUGGUGGCUGAAGAAUCGGAUGUUAACACAGACGGGUGCUCUUCUCCGCCAGCUGAGCUCCAUCCCUGUCUGAGCAGACUGUCCCUGUUCAGCGGUAUGGAGCUGGUGACCAAAGGGAGGCCCCUGUGUGAAAGAGACACGUCCCAAACGGAGACAGACACGACGGACGACGGCCUAAGGGAGAAUCCAGCCGUGCAUAACAGUAUUGGUCAAACCAGUAAAACCAGUGAUGAUGCUCCUUCGAUUUGCAAAUCAGUUGCAUCUGACAGCAGCCAACCAGUGUCGGCCUUCUCAUUUCUCAACUUUUGACAGCUGGAACUGUUAGAGUUAAACCAAUGAUGUCAUCAUGUAUAUCCUUUCAGAAAAUCUAUUUAAUUUUUAUAAACAAAUAUCACCUGUAAGGUUAUAACUAGACACUAUAUAGACAGAAGAUUCACAUCAUGUUUGGGUUUUAUGUUCUCGUGUGUAUGGUGCCUCCUUUAGAAGCAUUCAAUGAGCAGACUGGGCAAAGAGCCCAAGAUCAUAGACGAGUGCAAUCCACCGAUGGUACGUGAAACCUCUCGACUCUCCCACGUGAGGGCUGGUCUGUGAGCUGUUUUUCCGUUUGUUGGCCUAAUUUCUGAAGUGUUUUACCAAGAAUGGUUGUCUUGAAUUACAGAUUAUUGACAGUUGCUUUCUCAGGAUUCCCUUUUAGCUAACUGAAACAACUCUGACGCCUCUGCAGCACGCCCUACACCUCCGAGGGAAGAACCCCUCAAUCUGUAAUUUGCACUACUGUUGCUUUUUUUUUUCUUAAGGACUCAUAAACCUACAAAUGAGAGUUGUCUUCCAUAUUUUUUGGUACUAAACUAUUAUGUCAAUGUACAGUAAAUGUUAUCUGAGUGUUAGUUUACAAAUUAUUUAUUAAGUCUACUCCGUAUCGAUGAAAACAGACCAAUGAGAGUGUUUGUAGAGUGCAUGUCUAUGAUUAAAAAAAACUGUUUGGAGAACUAACGGAAGAAUUCAUAAUCGUCAUAUUCUGUGUGUAUAAUCAACGUGUGAUAAAACAUCUGCAAUCAGCAUAACGCAAAUAUCUGUGACUUCACGAACGGUUGCUCGUGUAACCAAAUAAAAAACAGAUUACCUUCAUUAUCUCACCAUUAUUUCGAUUACAUUCUGUACCGUGGUGUUGAAGACUUUGGAAUGUAGCACAAACUACAAGCCCAGACGGUAAUCCAGCCUACCGAUGCGUACAAUGAACACUACUGAUGUAUUUUGUUUCAGUGAACACAAGCUAUGCUGUUGCACAUGCUGGAGAACAAUAAAACAUGCUGUACUUUUUGCUACAGCACCAACUACUACAUAAACGAGUCUUGUAUUUACACAGUAGUUGAAGUGGCACCAGUGACAUGACUUUCAGCAACGCUUUAUUUCAAUGUCAAAUGAUUUGGAAAAUUACAUAAAAUAUGAAUCACUUUCACAGCUCUCAUUUUAUUUGCAACACAGUGUGCUGGUCAUAUUAAACCAUACAAAAACCAAGUAUGGCUGACAGGCUUACAACACACAUGAUGUGUAAAAUGUUAAAGAAGUAAACGCAUGGUUACAAACUGAGAGCUGUUUCUUGAGGCUGUUGGAAACACUGUGGUGAGUGUGCCUCUGCCCGAGCUGCAGACUCCAGUGCUCUCACAGCUCUAUAAUUAGCCAGGGUCUAAUCUGAGGUUGGAUUUUGGUGGUGAGGCUCAUGAGGAAUGCAUGUUCCAUUACCUUGAACCCAGUGACCUGCCACACCAAAACAUUAUGGAUUCAUUUAGAUAGUAAAAUAACUGCAACUACACUAAACUUUGGUGAGAGAAAACAAAUCCAUUGGCCUCUUUGUGAAUGGGAUCACUACAACUCCCCACUCCACGGAUGCAAACAUGCGACUGACCUCCCCACUCGAGAGUAAACAAAAUGAGGAGUUAUUGAGUAAAGUGCUUAGCUUUAUUUAGUUUUGCAAGCACUUUGGAUCAUCACACUUUUCUUGUGAUUAGCACCAAUGAAAAAUGUCCACGCAUCAACGCACGCAUGUAAAGAGAAUGAUAACUCUUUAUAAAGUGCAUAGGGUGCGUACACGUACACACGCGCGCGCUGCAUACACACAUACACACACACACACAGACACAUGUACACAUCAAUACUGCACAGAAAACCACAGUGGCAGGGCCAUGGAAAGGCGGAUGUGCUUAUGGUCUUGACAAAUGGUAUAUGGUGAGGUGGGGACGAGCCUUUGUGCCCAAAAUCUGUAAACCUCCCCACACGUCAUCCCCUUUCCCCUCCCCUGACCCGAGUGUGUCGCUGGAGGCUUUCAAGGAGGAGCCACCGUGCCAAGCGGUGUCAGCACUGAUG